AUGGCUCUCGCAUACAGCGGCAUUCCUUCCGGAGCCAAGGUCCCUCCCAAGCCUUACCAGCUUCAGAUCACCGACGCCCAGAUCGAAGAGCUCCUCGUGCUGGUCAAGCUGUCCAAGGUCGCCCCGCCCACCUACGAAAGCUCGCAGGAAGAUCGCAAAUAUGGUAUCACUCGAGACUGGCUCCUGGAAGCACGACAGGCGUGGAAAAGCUUCGACUGGCGACCUACAGAGCAGCGCAUCAACAGCUUUCCGCAGUUCACCUACGAGAUCGAGGACAUGACCAUCCACUUUGUCGGUCUCUUCUCGAAGAAAGCUGAUGCGAUCCCUAUCGUCCUACUGCACGGCUGGCCCGGUAGCUUCCUGGAGUUCCUGCCCCUUUUGUCUCUCCUAAGAGACAAGUACUCCCCGGAGGAGCUUCCGUAUCACGUCGUGGUACCGUCUCUUCCAGGCUUUACGCUGUCCUCCGGGCCCCCUCUGGACCGGGACUUCACGGGACAGGACACGGCCAGGGUCAUCAAUCAGGUGAUGGUCAACCUCGGGUUCGAGGGGGGAUAUGUGGCACAGGGGGGUGAUAUUGGGUCGAGGAUUGGUCGGAUCAUGGCGGUGGAUUACGAUGCUUGCAAAGCGGUUCAUUUGAACGCAUGCUAUAUGGGCAAACCCGCCCACGUGCAGGAUUCGUCCAUCUCCGAGUUCGAGAAACAGAACCUGGCGCGCGGGGAGUGGUUCAUGACCUACGGUGCCGCCUACGGCUUCGAGCAUGGCAGUCGGCCCAGCACCAUCGGGAACGUCCUUUCAGCGAACCCGGUUGCUUUGCUUGCUUGGGUUGGAGAAAAGUUCCUCGACUGGCCCGACGGCCCCCUCCCUCUGAAUGAUAUCCUCGAGUCGGUGUCGUUGUAUUGGCUCACCGAGUCGUUCCCUCGGUGCAUCUACCAUUAUCGCGAGCAAGUCCCCAUGCCUAAGCUUCAGCUCGCCGAGGACCCUAGGUGGUACAUCAAAAAACCGUUUGGGUUCUCUUACUUCCCUAAAGAGCUGAUGCCAGUCCCGCGGGCGUGGAUCGAAACGACUGGGAACUUGGUGUUCUGGAACACGCAUGAGAAGGGAGGACAUUUCGCCGCGCUCGAACGGCCGGCGGAUCUCCUGGAGGAUCUGACUGCGUUCGUGGAGAAGGUGCGGACUGAUAUCCAGUGA